AUGGCGAAUAAUAAUAAUAAUCGAUCUCUUGAACAACCAGUAUCUAGUUUUGCUGAUCAAAGAACAAUAUCAGUUAUAGAACCUAUGACUCUUCAUUAUCAACCUAAUCGUCAAGCUUCUUCAACAACAAAUAAAAUAUUUGGUGUUACAAUUUUUAUUUUAAUAAUUAUUCUUCUCGCAUAUAUAUUUUUUCAUGGACAAAUAACGGAUACUAAACUUAGUCGUUUAACAAAUAGUGUUUCGAAUUCAAACGAUCUAAAAGAAGUAUUUCAAGAUAUGAAUCGUUCACUUAAAUCAAUUGAACUUCUUCUUAUGACACAGAAGAAAUCAAAUAUCGAUAUUAUUUUAAAUGGAAAAGAUCUUCAUCAGUUCGCCUCCAAUCCAACAGUAUUAAAUGAAUUUUUACGCAAAACCAAAGAACAAUUAUAA